GUCCAAACUUAAACCCAAAUCCACCCCCACACGGCCACACGGCCCUACCUCCUCACCAGCAAACCUGGCAAAUAAUAGCCGGCAAGCGAACACCCAAACAACCAGGAAUAUCCACACGCCAUCAUGGCCACCACGCGACUCGGCCUCCUACUCCUCCUAUUCACGCUGCUCGCCGGCACCGCCGUCUUCUCCGUCUCCGCCGCCCGCAACGUCCCCGCCGAGACGGUGGUCGCGGAUCCGGUCGGCGCCGAGCCGAGCGCCUACGAGAUGUUGGAGAAAUUCGGGUUCCCGAAGGGAAUCCUCCCGGUGGGCGUCACCGGCUACACGCUCCGGCGGUCGGACGGCGCGUUCCAGGUGUUCAUGGACAAGGAUUGUGAGUUCGAGGUGGACGGCGGGUACAAGCUUACCUACAAGCAGACGAUCUCCGGAAGGGUGGCCGGCGGCAGCUUGUGGGACCUCCGGGGCGUCUCGGUGAAGAUCUUCUUCGUCAACUGGGGCAUCGACCAGGUGCUCAUGGCCGACGCCGACCACCUCAUGUUCUACGUCGGGCCGCUCUCCCAGGCCUUCACGUCGGACAACUUCGAGGAGUCCCCGCAGUGCAGGUGCCGCGGCCAUGGCGUCGCGGACGUUGGCGAGGGCGCCGGCGUCGGCGUGGCGGCGAUGUAGGAUCGUGCAGUUGGUUACGUAUAAUUAACGUGAUGCUGUGCACUUCUUGCGCGUGAUGCUGUGCACUUCUUGCGCGUGAUGCUGUGAAUUACUCGUUGAUGUAAGUCGAUGUAUGCACGAUUGGUGUGCGUGCAAUGCACCGCACACGGAGGAAAAGGACCCCAUCAAAUAGGGUGUCCAUUUUAUUUGCCGUAUUUUUAUGAUUCUUCUUCUUCG